AUGUCCACUAGGCAGAUAAGGCGAUUGCGGCGCGACCUGGAAAGGGAGAAGGAGGACGAUACAACGCCACCUCCCAAAUUAGUAAUCAGCAUAAACAAGCCAAAAUUCAGCUUCGCAAUGCUAAGGGAUGCCUUGGAUUCCGACGAUGAAUCGAGCAGUGAUGCCGAGGAAGAUUCCAGCAGCGAUGAUGACUCUAGCUCUUCGGCAUCGGAUCAUGAAGAGGUCGUGCCUUGUUCCACCCCUGAUCGCUACACCCAACCGCCAAAGAAUGGACGUUUAGGUAACAAACGCGCAUCUAAACCUCAGAAUGACGACGAAAGCUCAGAUGAGGAUAGUGACAUGCAUCUCCUGGAGUCUUGCAAGGAAACUAACACUGAGUCAGCUGAUGUUAGUGUAUCAGCGACCAUGGAAAACCGUUUUGAGUGUCUCCGUAUAGAACCGAGAGCAUUUAGAGUAGUAGGUGUUGGUACGCAAGCCUCUGGCAAGGCGAGGAUGGGCAAGGGGUUCGGAGGCUAUUUACAAGGUCGAAAUUGGCUAAUGCCAGGUAUUGCCCCCAAAACUGCUGACAAGCUACGGGCGGCAGUAGUACAGCAGGUUAGAUUAAAGGGUAACUACGAUUCGAAAAACGAAAGAGAACGCUUCACUUUGGAGCUGAGUGACCGUUAUAAGAACAUCCAAAGUGUAUGCAUCGCAGCGAUAGACACGCAAGAUCCAGCCCUCUUCAGACGGGUGUUGGAAACAAACCCACAACAUCUGGAAGUCCUUUUACGAGCAAGCUCGAUACACACAUUACAGGGGCAACACGAAGAAGCUUUCAAGCUGAUAACAGUUGCCGUACAAAUCUUGCAGGCGGCGCUGCCACCCCGUUUCUCGCCUUUCCGUCUAGAUGAAAAGGGAUGUUACAAUACGUGGUUACCAAGCUCCUGUGGAAGUAACCUCAUUGUGUACAGGCUAUUGCUCCUGUAUAUGAUCUGCCUGGAGCGGCAGGCACAAUGGGAAACAUGUCUAGCGGUCUGCAAACUGAUGCUCCAAAUGGACUUUCCAAAUGACGUUUCACAUGCACUGCUUCAUAUAGAUUUGUAUCUUUUGAAUUACGCCGGAGUAGGAGUAGCUGAGUUUGCUACAGGUUAUGCCAAGGCACUGGAAUAUGCCGUACCACUGUAUUGGGUGCUACCGAACUUUGCAUUUUCAAUGGCGCUGGAAUUUUUCGCCAAGGACACAAAUGAAGCCGUAACUGCAACUAUUUCAGAAUCCUAUCUAGAUCUGUUACAGGAAUUUCUGACGUUGAAGGAGGAUGAACUGGGAUUCCGAUUUAAUCCAGUGGAGCAGGAUAUGAGGAAAUACACUAACAAAAGAUCGGAGUUGUGCUUAAUUAGGGCGCUUGUUAAGUAUCCUGAUAUUAUUCGAAUGCUUACCCGUGAAAACUUUGCAGCUGAUCUAGUAGUCUACACGCAGACGGAACCCUUUGCAUCAUGGAUGAGCGAUUACGACACAGACGAUGUGCACCUAAUCAAGUGCUACCUUGCCAAGACAGCAGAUCUGUGGCGCAACGAAAAUUUAUCGUUAUUGAUCAACACUGCAAGCCUCAUUGCGGACAUUUAUCGUACUGAACGUGGUGCCACUAUAUUAGGCACUUUUCGUGACUUGUGGUCCGCCUUCAGGCUGGAUCAACCCCUGCCACUAACACCAAAAGAAGUCAUAGUAUCAGAGUUUGACCUAACUUCUCACAGUCUACCAACUGCCUUAGAAUGA